CCGCCGCAAGGGGAAAAGCCGGUUGCUGGGGGCGUGAGGAAAAAAGGGACGGCGCCGAACGCGGAAGUGGUGGCGGCGCCGCGGGAAGCAGGUGGAGGCGGUGACCGCGACGUCCGAGAUGAGAACCCUGCGCCGAGGAGUGGGGGCUUGCAAACCAGCAUCUGCAUGGUAGGAUCUUCAUGAGGUGCAGGAGUGGCUGCGCCUCCCUUCUUCACCUCAGCGAGCACUCAGAGUGAUGGUGGUGGUGAUGGCGGCAGUUACUCGGACAGCCUCGGUUAAACUGCGCUUCGAGAGAUACAUCCAGAAAGUGCCCAGAAGAGACUUCCUGCCGGAAAAACUGAAAAAGCAGUAUUUAUAACAGUGGAAUUUGUGGAUAAUUUGUUAAAAUGGCAGAAAAUAGUGAAAGUAGUAAGAAUGUAGAUGUAAGGCCCAAAACUAGUCGGAGUCGAAGCGCAGAUAGAAAGGAUGGUUAUGUGUGGAGUGGAAAGAAGUUAUCUUGGUCGAAAAAGAGUGAAAGUUGUUCAGAUGCUGAAACAGUGAAUGCUGUAGAGAAAACUGAAGUUCCUUUAAGGAGCCAAGAAAGGAAGCACAGCUGUUCAUCUAUCGAGUUGGACUUAGAUCACUCCUGUGGGCAUAGAUUUUUAGGCCGAUCUCUUAAACAGAAACUGCAAGAUGCCGUGGGGCAGUGUUUUCCAAUAAAGAAUUGCAGUAGUCGGCAUUCUUCAGGGCUUCCGUCUAAAAGAAAAAUUCAUAUCAGUGAACUCAUGUUAGAUAAGUGUCCUUUCCCACCUCGAUCAGAUUUAGCCUUUAGGUGGCAUUUUAUUAAACGACACACUGCUCCUAUAAGUCCCAAAUCAGAUGAAUGGGUAAGCACAGACCUGUCUCAGAGUGAAUUGACGGAUGGCCAGCUGAAACAACGGAGAAACAUGGAAGAAGAGGUCAACUGUUUCUCACAUACCAAUGUUCAGCCCUGUGUCAUAACCACUAACAAUGCUUCAGGUAGAGGUGGUCCUAGGGCUGACUCUAUGAUGAACCUGGCUUCAAGUAACAGUGUAGAAGAUAGUGAUAUGGAUUCAGAUGAUGAAAUUAUAACACUUUGCACAAGUUCCAGGAAAAGAAACAAACCCAAAUGGGAAAUUGAUGAAGAAAUCCUGCAGCUGGAAACACCUCCUAAGUACCAUACCCAGAUUGAUUAUGUCCACUGUCUUGUACCAGACCUCCUUCAGAUCAAUAACAAUCCAUGUUACUGGGGCGUUAUGGAUAAAUAUGCAGCUGAAGCUCUACUAGAAGGAAAACCAGAGGGCACCUUUUUACUUCGAGACUCAGCACAGGAAGACUAUUUAUUCUCUGUUAGUUUUAGACGCUAUAGUCGUUCUCUUCAUGCUAGAAUUGAACAGUGGAAUCACAACUUUAGCUUUGAUGCACAUGAUCCUUGUGUCUUCCAUUCUCCUGACAUUACUGGACUCCUAGAACAUUAUAAGGACCCGAGUGCCUGUAUGUUCUUCGAACCACUUUUAUCCACUCCUUUAAUUCGGACUUUCCCCUUUUCCCUGCAGCAUAUAUGCAGAACGGUUAUUUGUAACUGUACAACUUAUGAUGGCAUUGAUGCCCUUCCAAUUCCUUCUUCCAUGAAAUUGUAUCUGAAAGAAUAUCACUAUAAAUCAAAAGUUAGAGUACUCAGGAUUGAUGCACCAGAACAACAAUGCUAGGAAAAGGGUUGGAACAUGAGAAUGAUUGUAUGCAUAUUUUCAUUUAAUAUUUUAUUUUUCUUAUUAUGCCACUUUGAAUUUUUCUACAAGGGCAGUUGAAGUGUAAAAUAAACCUCUGCCCUAAAUUUUACUUUCAGAUCAGUUUAUUUUUCUUAGGAUACAGUAAUGUUUAAGGUUACACACUAGGGGUUAAUGGAUACUUUUGCCCAGGUGUUUGGUUUUUGAUUUUAUCAUGUAGAUUGUAUACUUAAUUUUUUCCUUUUCUUAACUAAUUUGCAUAUGAUUCAGGGAUAUUUGAAAUUUGGUAGGCAUUGCAAACACAAAUAAUCUGUAUUUCAUACUUUUCUUUAAAAAUAAUCCUUUGUCCUUUUCUACAUACAAAAUGCUUUGUUAACCUAUGCCAUUGACACUCCUACACAUAAAAUAGUUUCCCCAUCCCUUUUUAGAGUUGUUUUAAAAUUCUUCAGUAAAGCUGAGUGUAUUGUAAUUUACAAUCCACACUAAUGUAAUUGAUGGGUUUUUUAUAAUUUACUAAUAGGGAUGUUAAAGGUUAACAAAAUGACUUAAAUCAAACUUAAUGUGUUUUCACUUUAAGUAAAAUAAGAUUACUAAAUUUGAUUAAUCUCCUCAGUAAGAAUCAACUGAGGACAUAUUUCGGAGGUGAAUUUAUUCUUCUAUAAUGUGGCAUGGUCAUUUGUUAUUCUUUGAAUAGAUCUUUCUCUCAACCUGGAAGAGUUGCCAUCUUCAGAACCUAAGUAUUAUUCCUUUCUCACUGGAAGCUUUAAAAAUAAUGAUAAUACUAUUAAUAACUAGUAGUUACUAAAGUAAGAAAGCAACUGGGGUUUUUCUGUAUUUACUUACGAACUUUGCUUCUGCAUAGCCCUUUUAUAGAAACUCUGAGCUUUUUACUUUGGAGAAAUGCCACAGCUUAUAAACAGGCACAAAUUUCCAUUGGUAACCGAAGAGAUCUAAGUAGUUUUUCAUUAUUUUAAAUUGAGCUUGAAUAAAAAUUCAAGAAGUAAACAUGGAGCUCAGUAUUCAGGGGGCUUAAUAUUGUUUUAAUCUUCAGGUUUCAAAUAAUUAUUCCUAUUUUCAGAAUUAAUAAAUCUAUUAUGGCUUAAAAAAACAGAAAACAUUUUGAGAGUUACAGGGCUUAUGCCAUACUGAACAAUACUGGGCACCAGGCAUAAUAUUUUAAAUUUACUAUCUCAAGAACAGGGAAGCAUUUUUAGAAACAUCAUGAUCCCAACGUAGUAAAAUAGAUGGAGUGAUCGCCUAUCCAACUCUUUUUGAAAGAAUCAAUGAAUACUAAGAUCUAGACAGUUGUUUCUUCUGGUGAGUUGUCAACCCCUCUGUACAAAUUAGCAUUUUUAGUAUCACAGUAAUCGAUUUCUUGAUGCUAGCUUAGCUCUGGUAGAAAGCAGCAUCUACUUGGAUUGAAACAAAUUUUACUCAAAUUUCCAAGUUAGGUGUUUCUUCAGUAUCAUUGCUUUUAUGGUGAAGUAGCAUUUCCCUUUCCAGUUCUGCUGUUAACAUAAAGGUGGCAUUUUAAAAUAAUUGCUUAAAUAAAUUUUCAGCAGUUAUCACAAUAUUAAACAAUCUACUACCAUUAUCCUCUAGCAUUUCUUUUUUCUCAGUGAUCUCGAGAUUGUCUUGGUUCUAGUGAGGGCUGGCUACUAAAAUGGCACCUCUCUUAGCACGGAUGAGGCUCAGGAUAUCAACACCAGUGUCAGAAUAAAUACCUCUUCUAAAGAUGGUAUUUCCCUUUUACAAAAGUGGGGAAGUCUCAUACUACCUCAUCUUUAUUGUGGCACUUUUGUAGAUCACUGAGAAGCUUAUCUUAUUUGCCAGUAUAACACUUCCUAAAUAUCCAUCUUUAGUGAAAGAAAAUUAAUAGUAUGGUAAGACUCUACCCAUGAUUAUAGUUUUUUAUCAGAAUUUGAUAUUGAGACUUUCUGUUUCUAUGAAACAAUAUUGUUUUAAAUGUUUUUCUUUUAAAAAUAACUUUUUAUCAGUACAGAAAAACAAAGGAUGACUAGCUACCAAAUAUUCUGUUAAAUGGUAAUUUUAUAAAGAAAAAUGAAAUAAAAUUAUGUUGUCUUUUAUAAUGGUAAAAAUUAGUAUUUAUAUAAAAAUCAAGAUCUAAGUAGCUUUUCAUGAUAUUCAAACUGGUUGCUUGUGAUAUAUUUUCUCUGGCUUUCUAAUGUUUUCAACUUCAAGGUAUUGAUAGGUGUUAACAUUUUCAAAAUACUGCCAUUUAUACAGCCUUGAAGUAAAUGAUCUAAUAAAUGAAAGCAGGGAAGAGACUGAUUUACUCUGAAACAGUUUGUAUUUUUCCUUUGCUAUUUGUAACAUUGAAAAGAAAUCUGGAAAGUAGACUUAUAAGAUUUGAGAAGGGAAUUGUUUACCAUGAAGGAAAAAGAAGAGUAAUAAUAAGUUAGUUAAUUUUUUAAAGCAUGAAGGGAUUGGAAUUUAGAAAGGUUAAAUCCUUUCUCAGUGAUUUUUGAGGAUACGUUUGGAAGAACAUUCAGUAUGUAGAAGCUUAACUCAUUAAAAAAUGUAAAAAUGUAAUUAUUGGAAUUAUGUGUAAGCAAAAUGAGUAUAAGUUUUGAGAGGAACAAUGUGGAAAGAUAAAUAUACCUAAAUAUAAAUUUUGUAACUCUUAAGUUGGACAUUGUGCGUUUGAAAAGUGUAAAUUUCAGAGUUAAGAAAGCGUGCAGCAUGGUGGAAAUGUGUAGAGUUUAUUGGUGAGAGAGAAUGGGGUUAAAAGAAACAAGAUAAAAUAUUAAAAUUAAGAACUUAGGCAUUACCUCAGGGAAAAGCCUUGACAGUGAAAGGGAACUACUUAAUCGCUAAUAGCUAGUCUGGACCAGACACUUAAAUGCGCUUUGGGAAUCAUCCUGCACUAACCAGGAAAUAAACUUGACUUUUGUAUUUCUCUAUGAAGCUUUCAGGAGUACCCCCCUUGCUCCCCCUUUUUUUAAAGAUACAUCAUCUUGCUUCAUCCUAGAAUUCCUGAAACAGGCUGAGUUUUUUAGGUUCUUUGAGCGUUUUUAUGAUUUAUGAAUUAUAUCUGAUCUUUCUAUAACCAUGCCAUUCACUUAAAUAAUUCAUAGAGGGGAUGGUUUAAUUUAAAGGAAGACCUAAUAGGAAGAAGAUUAAAGGAAGCUUUUAGUCAGCCUGCGGCUAGAUUUAUUGAUUUGGUGAUCAGACCUGUGUUCUUUCCUGAAUUUCAGCUAAUGGCAAACUGUGGUCAAAAAAUGGCUUUCAGUUAAAGUUUUGAUGUCUUAUUAUAAAUAAUAUAAAGAAUGUCUAAGUAAUUAGAAAUCCUUUUAAAAAAAAAGCGAAUGUGGCAAAUAGGACUCAUCAUUAUACAAAUUCCAUUUCUUUUUAUAAGAAAAACACAAACCAUUAUCACUUAUUCAUGAGCCAAAGCCAUUAAGAAGAUAAAUCAAGUUAUCAGCUUCCUGUCUCUGAAGUUUGGAUCAUUUUAUAGAUCCAUGUAAUAGAGAGCUUCCUUCCUAUGAAACAAAAACCUUGAGACCUAACUCUUAUAAAACACAUUUAUAGUUUUUGUUAAAAAUCUUUUUUGUCACUUUUAGCUAUAACCAGAGUCAAAUAGGUUAUAUAUUGAUUUUAGUAGAGCAAAUUUCACAGGAAGAAGAUUUAGUUAUGUAACAUUCCUGGAGACAACACAAGGGAAACUUUCGAUGUAAAAUAGAUUGUGUGUUAGGUAAUUUAAUGCCCAAAUGAAUAAAGGAUUUUAAGUCAAGCAGCUUAUUGUUUCUACUUUGGAAAAAAACUUAGUUUUAACAUAAUUUUAUAUUCAUUUUUAUUUCUAAAGAGCAGAAAGCACAAGGGAUUUUUCUUUUUCAAUGGCCUAUUAGAAAUGAGCAACACGACAAGUCUGUCUAUACUAUCCUAAUACAUUAAGAAAUGGACACAAAAUAGAAAUUUUGGAAAUGGUUUGGCUUCUAAGUAGAAAUGUAGACUAAUGGAUAUAUAAACCCAGUGGAAAGGGACUUAAGGCACAUGAAUCCUGUUUCAAAUAAAGCCAGUCUUUUUUUUUUUAAGUGAAGUAGUCAAUUACAGCGUGUCCAUCUCUGCUGUACAGCACAAUGUCCUAGUCAUGCAUAUACAUACAUACAUUUGUUUUCAUAUUUAAGCCAGUCUUUUUGAUUUACUUUUUAAUUUUGAAUAGAUUACUCAAUCCUAAAUCUUUCUUUGCUUUUAUUUCCUAGCACAUAAAAUAUAGAUAAUACUAUUUGUCACUUGACUUCCCGAAGGUUAAUUCUUCAAUUUAGAGGUAACCCUUGGAGCAUACUUGAAAAUAAUUUCUGUACAAUACUAAUGUGAUGAUAGGUUUUCAAAGUAUCCCCUUAGUGAAUCCUGCAGAUUCACAUUCACUUCUUUUACUCUGUAAUAGGCUUUCUUGACUUGAUUUGACAAUAAAGAUAACGGUACAGCUUGAAUUUAUGGUUUAGACUCUGCAAUUAGAUGGACAGUUGCAAUUUUCUCUUACCCUUAAUAAGGUUUGUGUAAAAUUGAUGUUUGCCUAAGUUAUUUUAAAAGUUGAUUACAUUUGCAGGAAGUAAAGAUAAUCACUUUUGCUGUGGUUAUAAUCAAAUCUAAGCUUUCAGACUUGAGAGUGUAAAACUCAAGGACAUUUACUUAAAUUAUGCCGACUUUGCUAGAAUUGGAUAAAUUCUGUAUAAACCAAGUAUGAACUUGAUAUAUACUUGAAUAUACAGAGUUUUAAGUAGUAACUUCAUAAAGCUAUUAGUACUCUUACCAGUCCCACUUGUAUGAUCCACCCUUUACCCAAAAAGGAGUGUUUCCAUUUCUAUUUCUAAUCCUUGAAGUUGAAUGUCUCUUGGAUGUGAGUUCAAAUAAAAUGAUCUGAAUAAAUUUUCACUUAUUAAAACUUCAUAUAUAAAAUCCAAA